UUCAGCUCUAAGUUUAAAAAAAUAGUUUCAAGUGAUUGUUUCUGUUGUAUUUAAAAAAGCAAUGAAAAUGUACGUGGACAUGAUGAAGAUGUGGAGAAAUAAAUCAUCACGUCUGUUUGACAUGCAGAGAGUCAGUUUGAAGUUCAUUAUUGUUAUUCUCUGGCUUAUUACCGGUGAUGAGUGUUGGACAGUAACUGUUCAGAAUGGUGGAUCUGUUAUUAUCCCAUGUCAUUAUGAAAGUAAAUACACCCAACACAAGAAAAUCUGCUGUUAUCAUCCAUCAGGAUGUUACAAUUCCUGCUCUAUUCUGGGAUAUGGAAAUGAAACCAAAGGAAACAUUUCAGUAAUUGAUCAUCCUGAUCAGAGUUUAUUUACUGUCACUAUGAGAGACCUGCAGCAUCAAAACACUGGAGAUUACUCGUGUGCUAUGGAAAUUGAAGGUGCUGCCUAUGAUGUGACAGAGAGGUUUUAUCUCACAAUCCAAUCAGUUCCUGAUCUCUCUGUGAUGUCCAGCAGUGUAACUGUAGAUGAAGGUGGUAAUAUCAGUGUACAGUGUCUCUACACUUCUACAUAUAAUAAUAAACAUAAACAGUGGUGCAGAUAUAAAGACCAGAGCUGUUACACAUCCCAGAAUGCAUUAGUUGAGAUCAGUGAUGAUAGGAGAGGAUCUUUGACUGUGGUGAUGUCUGGACUGAUAAAGAGUGAUUCUGGCUGGUAUUACUGCUCUGUAGAAGAUUUUCACGCUCCUGUUCAACUCACAGUCAAUGUUGCCAAAGUCUCUGUAGGAGAUGUACAAGUUACUGAUACAUUCAGUAUAACAGAAACAACAACAGCAUUGACCACAGAGAGCACCUCAAGACAGUAUGAUCAUCUGAAGAUGUGGCCUCUACUCAUUGCUCUGCUUCUGCUGCUGAUUCUGGUUACUGUGACAUCUGUAAUACUGAGAAACAAACACAGGGAAAAUAACAAUCACAUCUCAAACGUGAAAAGAGAGAAAGUCAGUGAUGAAUGUGAACCAGCACAUGCAGAGGAAACUGUGAUCUACAGCCCUGUACAUGAAUAGGUGUUUAAGCUGGAUUGAAUAUCUGAGAAGAAGAUAAACACAUGAUACAAAUGCUUGCAAAACACCAAGAUAAAAUUGUUAUAUAGACAUAACAUUUGAUCAUUUGACAUGCCUGUCUCCAGAUUUACAAGACGACAAGUUUGGUUUGAUAAUGUGUGCAAAAAUAACAAGAAUGCAUCUUUAUUGUGUUUGAAUUUAAGUAAUAUUCAGCAAUGUGUUUAAUAAGCAUCCU